AGCUCUGGACAGAGCUUGUUUGUUCUCAGUUAUUUCGUGACCUUUCAAACAGGCACAGGGGAAAUGUGUUAAAAUAAAAAAAUACAGAAAAUUACGUACAUCUUACAUAGGUAUACAUCUGCUUUAGUGUCCCGUGUGGUGUCUAUGUACUAUGUAGGCAGUGUAUAAGGCACAAACCUUUGUGCUAUUCAUUGUGAGUAUACACAUAGUAACAAGCCACAAUUUCAGAAAAAAUAACAACGCGAUUUGAACAAAAAUUAAAGACAACGAGCAAAUUUUAUCGUUUAUUGGUUGUUGUAAAGGAUCCUGUCAUGUCCACUUGUCAAGGAAUUCACCAUUAACUGCUCAUCAAUUAUCAAAUGCCCACUGGAGUGAAACUUCGAAACAGCUGAUCAGCAGGAAUACCAAUCAAAAUCAAUUAAAUAAAUCAAAGUGUGCGAAACUGCGAUAACAGCGAUCAGAAGGAUAUAUAAACGGAUUUACGGAUCCUAAAACCGUACACCGUCACGCAACGACCGGCAUGUGAUUACAUCAGCUAGUAAUAAAGAAUUUGAGUAUUACACAAUGACAGACUAUGAUGAUGCUUUACUAGAAGGAGAUAUUUUAAGUCUUCCUGAUGUUAGUGAUGAGGAGUAUGAUGUAUUAAAUCAUCAUACAAAACCAAAAGAUGAAUCAUCAAAUAAUUUUGAUUUGGAAGUUUUUGAUGCUUUUGAAGAUGGAAUUGUAGAUGAAGAAGAAAAUGAUAUUGAAUUCGUAACAACAAAAUGUAAUAUGAGUAGAGAAGAUUUUUACAUUAAACAAGAAAAAGAGGAUGAGACUACUUGUGAUAAUGAGUACGAAUUAAUCUGUCAUAAAAAUAAACCAAAUGUGGAAUCUACUCCAAUAUAUAUUAGAAAUAACAAUGAAUUACCUAAAACAGAUUUACGUAACAAAUUAAAAAAUAAUAUACAAGAUAUAAUAGACAAUACAGCAAGAAUCAAAAAUAAUGUCAAGAACUUAUCAAACAUAAAUGUGAGAAUCGAUAAUACCCACAAUGACAGUAAUUUAGAAAGGUACAGGCUUUUAAAUACCCAAAUAUAUCUUCAUCGAUCAAGUGAUUAUAAUCAUAGACCAGAAGCAAGAUAUCAAUCUUGUCAAAACUUUGAACAGCCAGGUAGCCAAUUUACUCCAUACAGUAUUAAUUCAAUGGCUACAGCAACUGCUUUCACACCGCUUAAACGUUAUGAAUAUUAUAGUUCAUCACCAUACCAGUCACAUCAUUCAAACAGCAAUCAAAAUAUGUUGUCUAAUUAUGACAUGCAGUACCGACCUCUUCAACAUUCCAUACAUUUGCUUAAUCCACAUUUGCAGAGAAAUAACAUUUUGCAAUUGAAUCAAUCUUUACCAGUAAAUUCAAUUUUUCCACUAAACCAAAAUUUGUCAAUAAACCAAGUUCUACCAUUUAGUCAAGGUUUAUAUGCAAAUCAGUAUUUGCAAUCACCUGUAAUGACAAUAGGAGGUGUGUCAUCUAAUCAAAAUAUGCAAAUGAUGGAAAAUCCCAAUAGCAUGAUGCCCCAUUAUUUACAGCCCGUUCGUCCUUGCCAUUCCAUAAAUAAUAGCAGCAAUCAACAUGAAUUUGUGAUAAAUCCAUUACAUAUUAAUAAUAAUCUAAAUGUUCCUAAAAUUUUAAUUAACCGUAAUUUUAGACGAAAUAUGGCAAAAAGAGAAGUAAGAGUUAUAAAUAAUAUUGCUGCAUAUGAAGAAUUUUCAAAAAAUAAUUCAUCAAAAGUAAGAUAUCUCGAUAAUCAUACUCAAGAGAUAAAAAAUGAUGAUCCAUAUUUCUACUUUUCUGAUGUCUGGAGAGAAAAAACAACGCGAAAAGAGAUAGGUCAAAGAUCCUUUUCUCCAGAAGUUGUAUUUUCAAAAAUGACUAAUAAUUCAAAUUCUAACAAACAUUACAAAAAACAAACCCAAGAAAUAAAAGAUAAUGCAACUCAGAAGAAUAACGUUGCUAAAAGUAGAAAAUCAAGAAUGAGGCAAAGACAACUUGAAAAAAUACAAAAACGAUCGGAUGAAAAACAUGAUAACGACAACAAUAAUAAUCAAAAGAAACAAGGCUUGAAAGUGAAAAAUCAGCUUAAGAAAAUUCCUGAAACAGAAGAAAAUAUGAAUGCAGAAAUGAAGGAUUAUUGUAAAAAAGUGGAAGAACAAAAAAAGCGUAGAGAAAUAUUUUUGGAGCAGAAAGAAAAACGUCGAAAAAUCUUGGCCCUGGAAAAGCUUGGAAUAACAAAAGAACCUUUCACUCAUUCUACAGAAUAAUUGAAAAAUAAAACACACAUGUGAGGAACAACAAAUUUAUAGGUUUACUAAUUAGUAAUUUCGCACUUAGGUCUAUUUUUUGCACAGAAAUGUAGCUUUAGAUAUAUAGUUCAAUUUUGCCAAAGGUCAAUAGCACCAUUGACUGUAUAUCAAUAUUAAGCUUUUUAAUAUCUAUGCUUCAAAAGCAUAUUAUUUAGUAAAUAAGAUAAAUAAGAUUAUUGAACGUUACUAUAUUUAAAAUGUUUGAAAUUGAAAAAUUCCAAAUGGAAUUAAAUAGAUAUAUAAUAGAUGUUAUACAUUGUGUUACGAAAUUUUGCUAAUUGCACUGCAUAUUUUACAAAUCUAUUUUAAACUCAUCUGUAUAUCAUAGAUUGAUUUUUGAUAAAUCGUUAAAUCGAAA